AUGCAGGAAAAAUCAACGACGGUCGCCGCGUACGCGGCGGGGGCGUCUCUCGCGGCUGUCGCUCUGUUCUACGUUUUUGGACCGAAUUACACGAUUGACGGGGAUGAACUGGGAGGCAACCGCAAGAAGAGUAUCGUCGGGCUCUCCAAUCCCGCCAACGACUGUUUUAUCAACUCAGUACUACAGGCACUUGCUGGCCUGGGGGAUUUGCGCUUGUACUUGAUCCGCGAGCUCCAUCGACGUGAGCUCGAUGGACCGGAGAUCUAUAAUCAACUUCCUGACCCAGAUGAGCAGCUACGCGAGAAGAGGGCCGACAGGGUCCGGGAGUUGCAGCAGGGGACUGUCACCAGAGCUCUCAAAGAGAUGCUAGAUCGGCUGAAUGAGCGCCCAAUCUAUAAAAAGACGAUUACGGCGCGUGGCUUCAUCCAGGCGCUAGAGUUUGCCUAUCGGACUCGAAUCAGUCGCAACCAGCAAGACGCGCAGGAGUUUCUGCAGAUUGUGGCCGAACGCCUUUCAGAUGAGUAUCAUGCUGGUGUCAAAGCCCGUCAGAGGGCGCAAAAGGCUCUGGAUUACUCUGCAGAAGAUGAAUCCCCAACUGAGAUCGAAGUGCGAGUCGAUGACGGCACGGAGAACGGCCUCCCAGCUAUUAUUGACACAAAGCUCAAGGAGAUUGACAACGAAUAUGGCUUUCCCUUCGAAGGCAAGAUGGAGUCUCAGAUCGAAUGUCAGUUCUGCCGCUACAAGUACAAACCAAACCAGACGUCGUUUGUCAAUUUGACGCUACAAGUUCCGCAGAAAAGCUCUACCACACUUAGCGCGUGUUUUGAUGGUCUUCUCAAGACCGAGUAUAUUGACGACUUUCGAUGCGACAAAUGCCGGCUGGAACACGCCGUUGAGGUCAAAAUGAAGGAUCUAUCCAGAUCCCGCUCGACAGAGGAGAAGAUGUCUCUAGAAAUGGAGAUUGACAAGAUCCAAACGGCCCUUGCUACUGAUCCAGAAGCUGCUCUGGAUGGAGUCACACUCCCCCCAGCAGAACACGCGCCGAAGCGCAGAAUUGCUCGACACAUGCGGAUUACAGUUUUUCCCAAGAUUAUCGCGGUCCAUCUUUCGCGCUCCAUCUUUGACCGAAGCAGCUCAACAAAGAAUGCGGCAAAAGUGUCGUUCCCUGAGCGGCUUCCCCUUGGUGGUAUUCUCAACCAAAAAUUCUUCAAGCUACUCGCAAUCGUCUGCCACAAAGGUAGUCACAACAGCGGGCACUAUGAGUCUUUUCGACGGAACCACCUCUAUCCUCCAUUCUCAACACCAGAUGUAUUCAGUUCCUACGCACAGAGCCGCGCAACUAGCGAAAACCCUUCGCGCGUACAAAGUCCACGCCUCCCCGCUCGCAACGGUACCGACCGCGACCUUCCAGCUCUAAACAUCUCCACCCCAGCCUCAACAGGUUCCCCAUCAUCCCUCUCCCCUUCCGAGCCCUCGCGCUCGCCGUCAACAACCGAUCUAUCGCGCCCAUCCUCUCAACUAAACACCUCCCAUCCCUCCCCGCGCCCAACGACAUCCAGCAGCUCGCGAGUCUCCUUUCAAAGCACAAACUCUACUUCUAAACAAAACCUCUCGCCGACCUCUGCACCCCGCGGCUCAUCCUUCGACGCUACCCGCCUCAGCAGUUCCAUGUCAAGAGCAUCCCUCGCAGACCGCAAUGCAUCCGCGACAGACACCGAAGUGUCCGUCGCCUCCCGGCUGCGCCGUCGACGCAAACCGGUUGACCGGUGGUGGCGCAUCUCCGACGAGAAGAUCAAGGAGUGCAAAACCUCGGAUGUCCUGGGUAUGCAGAAGGAGGUCUACCUUUUGUUCUACGAGAUGGAGAAGACGCCGAAUGAGCUUCCUUGA